AUGUUGAAAAAUACGAGACGGCUUUUAAUAACAAUUCUCCAAGUAGCCUGGGCAGUACUCCUCGUCGCCUAUCUCAUCGUUAACACAGUCCUCGAAGCAGCUAUCACAAAGGCCACAUACACUACGACAUCAUUCGAACAAGCAUCAGCUCUCCCUCCUUUAGCAUUCAGUCUCUGCAGUGACGACGUCCCCUACUCAUUCGAAUGCGGUGUCUAUGGCAACGUAACCCAAGACUGUUCCAACUUGAUACAACAGGUAGACGUCAGUAACAACGAUACUUUCAACGGAUGGUUUACUAGAUGCUACGUAUUCCAUACCACAGAAGCGCUAGUGCAAUCCCCGCCGCCUGUUCCUCCUACGCAAUGGACGGCAUUCCAAUCUCCACUAUUUGUCAAAUAUUCGUUCGCGAAUGCUUCGACCAUCUCUAAAAUGUUUCUAAUGAUAUGGAAUCCAUUUGACUUGCCCGAGAAUGCAACGUCAGGUCAAUUGUCAACGUCAACAACACCGCAGAUAUUGGAUCCGUAUAGAUUGAACGCUAUGGAUGCUUGUAAAGAGAGAGUAUACGAGUUCACUUGGAACAAGUUUGUAGACGCUGAUGGGAAUGAGAAAUGGAACGUUCAAUGGGUAUCCGAGUUUGGAUUAUCAACCAACGCAUUCGGAACUAGUACCAGUGCGAUUGGACUGAUACAUUUGAAGCCAGCAACAUUCCAAGUGCAAACGACUCACGAACGUCGAUUCUACCCGCCAUUUCUCGUCUUUACAAAUUUCCUCGUUCUCCUUGCUGCCCUCUACACCUUUUAUUACGUCAUAGUCGCUGGACGGGGUAAAUACCGUACAUGGGGAUUAUUACACACACUUGCCCGCUACUACCCACAGCAACACAUACCACCAUCCGAGGACACUGAAGCACUCAAGCCAACCGCUCAGGAUGUGUUGCCUAUAUAUUUGGAUGGGUUAGGUCGAGCCGAGUUUGAAAAGAAAUAG